GGCCGGGACGAGGGCGAGGCCGCCGGUGCGGCGCGGAGGAGGAGGGGACGUGGACAGCGGCUGCCGGCCCAGAUCAGUGAUCAAAAUUUUGAAGAACAGCCCUAAGCUUUCUGAUGGUGGUGGUAACCAUGGCGGCAGAUGAUAAAGUUGCUAUCUUGACUGAUGAUGAAGAGGAACAGAAGAGAAAAUACGUGCUUGCUGAUCCCUUCAAUGGUAUUUCCAGGGAACCGGAACCACCUUCAAACGAGACACCCUCCUCCACAGAAACAUCUGCUAUUCCUGAGGAGGAAAUAGACUGGAUAGAGAAGCAUUGUGUGAAAAUAAACAAUGAUCUUCUAAUUUCCAAAGUUUUUUAUUUUUUCUUUUACUCUGCGUAUGGCUCUCUUUACCCACUUCUGCCUGUGUAUUACAAACAGCUGGGAAUGUCACCAAGCCAGAGCGGACUUCUUGUAGGUAUCCGGUACUUCAUUGAAUUCUGCAGUGCCCCUUUUUGGGGGGUAGUUGCAGAUCGCUUCAAAAAAGGCAAAAUUGUGCUCCUCUUUUCUCUUUUGUGUUGGGUUUUAUUCAACCUGGGCAUCGGAUUUGUCAAACCUGCUACCUUGAGAUGUGUACCAAAGAUCGCCCCAACUACUCGCCCCACCAAUGCAAGUCACCUGUCCACCAUCCUGCCAGCGAAUUCCUCUGCUCCCUCGUUCCUUAGCACGUCACCAAGAAUGCGUGAGAAAAGGAACCUGCCUACUUCUGAUUGGCCACCGACCUUAAAAACGGGGCCUGAUACCUCAGAGACAGAUAUCUUCGCCAUGCCUUCAGCCAGGACCACUGAAUCCAGCCUGCAGCCCCAGCCUGGUGGAGUGACUGACCAUGUUACGGACUUGGUCUUGAACACAAGCACAGUGACCCCUGUCCCCACAGGAAGUGUAACCCGGGAGACAACCACUGCAGUUGCCACCACCACCAAGCCAUUACCUGCUGCUCACGUCACUCUUGUUUAUGACCAGCAAGAAGUGGAAGCUAUAUUCUUGGUGAUCUUGGUUGUUGUCAUAAUAGGGGAAUUUUUCAGUGCCUCUUCUGUCACGAUUGUAGACACAGUGACGCUCCAGUAUCUGGGGAAACACAGAGACCGCUAUGGACUGCAGCGCAUGUGGGGGUCCCUGGGCUGGGGCCUGGCCAUGCUGUCUGUGGGCAUCGGCAUCGACUACACCCACAUAGAAGUGCUUAUCGACGGAAAGGGGUGUAAGCCCCCAGAGUACCGGAACUACCAGAUCGUCUUUAUCGUCUUUGGCGUUCUCAUGACCAUGGCCUUGAUCGUGGCUACACAGUUCCGGUUUCGCUACAACCACUUCAAGAACGAUGAUAACAAAGGAAAAGAGGUGGAGAUCCCUCCGGUGGAAAGGAACCCCUCCACAGAGUCCUCUGAGGAGACGCCGUCCGCCGCAAGCCACUCACAGACCUUCAACUUUUGGGACUUAAUCAAACUGUUGUGCAGUGUGCAGUACGGCUCCGUGUUGUUCGUGGCUUGGUUUAUGGGUUUUGGAUAUGGCUUCGUGUUCACCUUCCUGUACUGGCAUUUGGAAGAUCUGAAUGGAACCACAACCCUGUUUGGGGUCUGCUCAGUCCUGAGCCACGUGUCGGAGCUGACGGCGUAUUUUUUCAGUCACAAGCUUAUUGAAUUGAUUGGCCACAUCAGGGUUCUGUAUAUUGGCCUGGCCUGCAAUACAGCUCGCUAUAUUUAUAUCUCCUACCUGGAAAAUGCCUGGACUGUGCUCCCCAUGGAAGUUCUCCAAGGGGUGACCCACGCGGCCAUCUGGGCAGCCUGCAUUUCAUACCUCAGUGCAGCUGUGCCCCCUGAACUGCGGACCUCUGCCCAGGGCAUCCUGCAGGGCCUGCACCUGGGUCUGGGCAGAGGGUGCGGCGCCAUGAUCGGAGGCGUGCUGGUCAACUACUUCGGGGCUGCUGCAACCUUCCGGGGAAUUGGCAUGGCCUGCCUGGUGAUCCUCCUGCUCUUUGCCCUGAUCCAGUGGCUGGCAGUGCCAGAUGAGGAGGAAGAUAAGACAAUGUUGGCAGAAAGGAUUCCUGUUCCCUCCAGCCCUGUUCCCAUAGCAACCAUCGACUUGGUGCAGCAACAGACAGAAGACGUCAUGCCACGCACUGAGCCCAGACUUCCGCCCAGGAAGACCAAGCACCAGGAAGAGCAGGAGGAUGCGAGCAAACCAGCCUGGGGGGUCAGCUCUUCUCCCUGGGUGACCUUCGUCUACGCACUCUACCAAAUUAAAGAGAUGAUGCAGCUGACAAGAGAAAACCGGGCUUCUGAGAUCCAGCCUUUACAGGUGACCAGUGAGAAUCAGGAAAACUCUCCUGCAAGCGGAGCCCGGCAUGUGCCUCGUGAGACCCACUCUGACCCACCUAGAGACCAGCCCUCCCCUGCCGUAGCGGCAUCUCCACCGCAGAGCAGCCCCGCCCACCCCGCAGGUGGGCGCACUGAGGAGACUGGGGCUCAGCCCGCUGCAGGAGGGCCCUGAGGGCGUCCUGCUCCUCUCACACCUGCACGGAACUGAACUCCUUGGCCAGCACAGAGGCGGGGCCCCCAACCCAGAACACGCUGCAUACGCUUCUGAAUAUCUAAACUCAUUAACGUGGACACGCGCGCGCGCGCACACACACCUGAGCUACAGUACACACUGGCAGGAAGGUCACCCUGUCAUCUGGUGGAGGGCAGGAGGAAACACUCGGUGAGGACCCCAGGCUGGGCUGGUUGUGUGAGGGCUCUGCCGGCGCAGUAGGGUGCGAACCCCAGGGACCGCAAGUGCAGGGUAUGCGCACGUUCCUCUCCAGGUGCACCUGGUAUAAUUUCCCCAUCCCCAUUAUUUAUUCCGAUUAUUGGCUUCUUCAUGCAAACUGGGAAGAAACACAGUAGAUCUAUAAUCGUGUUUCCCUUGAAGAGAACCAUUUAAAAAUUGUAAAACACUUAAAAAGCAAGCAGAUAAAAAGUUCAUAGAUGCUUUUUGUUUUGAAAAAAAGCUAAGUUUCCUCGUAAACCCUACAUAUCUCGAGCAAAUAUAUUUUUCUAUAUGUAUGUACAAUGAAAAUAGUCAAGUCUGAGCAGCAACAGCUGUUACCAACUGCUGCAAGCUGAGGUGAGCUUUAAAAAUGCCUUUUGUUUUAAAUGGGCUUUCAGAAGGACCAGACAAGAAGGAAUAUUAAAAAAAAACCACCACCAAUGCAGUAUCCUGUGGCUUCGUGGGCAAGGGUGUACAGAAUACGGUGAUACUGUGAUAGCCUUCAUCACGGUUUGCUGUUUUGUAGUGAUCUGGGCUCUCGUUAAUUGAUGGAAUAAAACAAAAAUCAUUACGUUCCAAAGGCUUCCUUUACCUGAGCAGUACCACUGACAAAGAACAGUGUAGGGUUUCAGUGCCUGGGGAACGAUGUGAUUUUUAACAAUCACACAGUGAGUGUUUUGUUGGUGAGAUGGCAGAAAGGAAACCGGGCAUGGGAAGAUGGGAACAAGGGCUGUCUGCGGACUGCAGAAAUCAGACUCAGUACGUUCUUUCCUAAGAUACAGUCAGGCACUGGAUAGUUCAGAUUCACGCAUGCGACUGUGCAUGUUACAGCUGCAGUCGGAACAAUGGCUGGGGAAGCACGCGGGAAGCUUGCUCCUGAGACUGAAAGGGGAGGUUCGUGGCACGUGGGGAGGGAAAGGAUCGCUGCUGCAGCUGAACGGAGGUCAGUUCUGCUGUGCAUCGUAGCUGUGGAAGAGCCUAAGACAGAGGAAGAGCAGUCAGAAAGGAGCAACUCACUUCAGCCUCUGGCCCUGCUUAGAGGGGCACAGCUGUAAAGUGAGGCUCACCCAUGGUAUUUCUCCCCAGUCCUGCAUCUGGGAGAAAAAAUUCGAGCUUCAUCACAAAACGCAGCCUACAGAUAAAGUACCCGAAGGAAAGAGAAUUAAGCAAAUAGUUAUUUUUGCACUUGAACUGAAACGUACUGUACUGUAAAUUAUCAUGACUCAUUUUAAGUGACCUUUAAAAUCAGAUGUAUUUAUUAUGCUUGUGUAAUUACUAAAAUAAAGAAGGUGGUGAUGGGCUGAACCCCACCUGUGAAUGUACAGUAUAUGGCUCUGUGAAGCUGACCGUAGGGAGUGAAAAAUUUAUAUUGUAUCUUGUGUUUACAAUUCUCUGAAAAGCCUGCUGUUUUGGAAAUGCACAGUGCACAUAUUGAAAUAAAAAUAAAUACCAUUUUUAAAUAUUGGUUAGAUGAUAAAGAUGUGAGCAAACAAGUGACAGUCCUUUCCUCUGUAAUGACUGAGACCAAACUCAACAUGCCUUUGCUGCGACAUUUACUGUGAGAACCGACCCAGUAAUGCAGUCAUUUCCAGCCUUCUGAGCUCACACCUUCGUAAGUUUAUGGACUUCGCGACUUGUUACUCCUGUCCUCAAAGUGCCACAUGCCACUUUAAGAUAUAUUAAAGUGAAUUCACAUUAAA